AUGGCUACGACAGCUUUGCUUCGUUCAUUUCGACGAUGCAACGCCGUCUCUACACCUCUCUCUGCUUACAGAUACCUUACUAGCAAUGGCAACAGCUCAGCAAGAAUUAAUUGGACAAGUUUUUCAAGAGCUUUCAGUGCAAAACCUGCAGGCAAUGAUGUUAUUGGUAUUGAUUUGGGGACAACCAACUCCUGUAUUGCUGUCAUUGAGGGAAAGAAUCCUAAGGUUAUUGAGAACUCGGAGGGUACACGAACCACACCAUUUGUUGUUGCCUUCAACCAAAAGGGAGAGUUACUUGUGGGCACCCCUGCAAAACGUCAGGCAGUUACCAAUCCAACUAAUACAUUAUUUGGGACCAAGCCUCUGAUUGGUAGACGAUAUGAUGAUCCCCAGAUAAUAAAAGAAAUGGGGAUGGUUCCUUUCAAGAUUGUGAGGGCUCUUAAUGGAGAUGCCUGGGUCGAAGCGAACAGACAACAAUAUUCUCCUAGCCAAAUUGUUGUAUUUAUUUUGACCGAUAUGAAGGAAACUGUCGAGGCUUACCUGGGAAAGAGCGUUUCUAAUGCUGUUAUCACUGUUCCAGCUUAUUUCAAUGAUACUCAUAGAUUCGAACGGAAGGAAGCAUCAGAACUUCCAAUUCAAGACGAACGGAAUGAAGCAUCAGCACUUCCGAUUCAAGACGAACGGAAGGAAUCAUCAGCACUUCCUAUUCAAGACGAACGGAAGGAAGCAUCAACACUUCCGAUUCAAGUUGAACGGAAGGAUGUAUCGCACUUUCAUUUCAAGUAUUCGUCUUUUCAUCAAAAAGCUCAUCAAGUGGCUGAUGGUUUUACUAAACCAUUGGCCAAAGCAACAUUUGAAGUUCUUUUUUUUCAAGUUCAAGGAUGUUCAAGUUCAGAAGAACAGAAGAAGAAGAAGUAG